AUGUCGGGUAAGCCUGGACAAACCAUUACAGGCCACUCACAGUCACGUUUACAGCGGACCGUCGCACAAAAGGGUGAAGCUAACGAAUCUAAAGCCAACCCGUCCUAUCUAGAUAAGCUUCCCAAUGACAUGUUGAUCAAUCUGUACAAUCCUACUAAGCAGAAACAACGGCAACCACCUGCAGAUAUUCAUGCCUUGAUAUUUUCUCGGCUGAGGGAGAUAGACCGGCAGUAUCAUAGGGAGACGAGCGCCGAGAUUGUAAAGGACCUGCAGGAGCUCGUCAAUCAGAACCCUCAGGCCUUAUCUCUGAACGAUGCACACUCUAGUCUAGAUCAACAGCAUGACAGAAUAACUAAGAAAUCUAACAGUAAGGUGAAAAGACCCAUCUCUGCAAAGCCGCAGAAAACCCCGUUUGCAAUCACAAAUUCCUCUGGAGAGACAAGGACAAAAAACAGGGGUGCUCAGGCCAAACUUUCCCAGUUAUUUGGUGACGACUAUGUUGGCUCCGGGGCUUCCAUCAGCCUUACUGAGGUAUCUGACUAUCUUACCGGUAAAACCGAAUUAAUGCAGAAGAACGUGAGUAGAUGCAUUGCAGAAUACACUAAGAAGAAACAAGCUGAUGCUUUUGAAGUAAAGCUAACAAAGCUAGCACCCCCUGUAGCUCCCUCGAAGAGUAGGCAGACCCAAUCCAUAAACCUUGUGGGCAGUCUGAACUACAAUGACAUGGAGGCGCAUAUAAGUAGCAAAGCAAUCAUGAGCGAUGACAUAGAGUGUACUACACUUUCGUUAGCAGACUUCCACGAUCAAAUUUUCCACAAUGGAUACUCCAAAAGCUCCGCAUGUCGGUCCAGCGCCGGAGAGACAUUGGACGAGCCUGCAGAAAAGGUGAGGGUGAUCCUACACGGAAACCUCCUGGGUCCAGUAGAAAGGGAAAAGAGGCUCUUAGAAAGCAAAAGAAGACUCCUUCUUCAGGCAUUAAAGCGCACAAACAGCUACACAGAAAAGGAGGUGAUAACAAAGAAGUUACAGCACAUGAUGAACUAG